AUGGAGCGGGAUGAGAACAAUUUGGAUCAGGAUCAGGACAAAACAGAUCAGGAUCAGAAAAAUCCGGAUCGGGAGAAUAAUCCGGAUCGGGACCAGAACAACCCGGAUCAGGAUCAGAAUAAUCCGGAUCGGGACCAGAACAAAAUGGAGCGGGAUGAGAACAAUUUGGAUCAGGAUCAGGACAAAACAGAUCAGGAUCAGAACAAUCCGGAUCGGGAUGAGAACAAUCUGGAUUGGGAUCACAACAAAACGGAUCAGGAUCAGAACAAAACGGAUCGGGAUCACAACAAAAUGGAUCAGGAUGAGGACAAUCCCGAUGGGGAUGAGAACACUCCGGAUCGGGAUCAGAACAAUCCGGAUCGGGAUCAGAACAAUCCGGAUCGGGAUCACAACAAAACAGUUUGGGAUGAGGAUAAUCCGGAUCGGGAUCAGAACAAAAUGGAUCGGGAUCAGAACAAUCCGGAUCAGGAUCACAACAAAACAGAUUGGGAUGAGGAUAAUCCGGAUCGGGAUCAGAACAAAAUGGACGGGGAUGAGAACACUCCGGAUUGGGAUAACAAUGCAGAUCAGGAUGAGAACAAUCCGGAUCGGGAUGAGAACACUCCGGAUCGGGAUCAGAACAAUCCGGAUCGGGAUCAGAACAAUCCGGAUCGGGAUCACAACAAAACAGUUUGGGAACAAUCCAGAUGGGGAUGA